AUGUCAUUGUAUCUGAUUGCGGACACCCCGCGGGGCGUGGGCAGCAGGCCCAGGCUCCAGCUCCCGUGCGGAGGGGAGUCGGGGCCCAGGGAGGGGACUGGGGGCCGGGAAGGGGGGACUGGGAAAACCGGGGGUGCUGGGAAGAGGGUUCCCCUCGCCAGCGCCGGCCCUGGUGUCGCUGCGCACUCGGAGCCGCGCAAAGGGCGCCCCUCAACCCGGAGGCACAGGCGCAUUUCAGAAGGAGAGAAAGAAAAAAGCCACCACCGGCUCGAAUUUCUGGAAGCCAGAGCCGUUUUUUGCCCUAAACACCGAGACAGAACCCCUCUAAGCGCUGCCCUGGCCUCUCCGUUACCCAUUUUCGGUUUGUUUUCGGAAGAACCGGUUCCUCAGUCCCGCGUCGCCGCAGUUGGGACCCGAGUGCAGGGCUGUUGGAACCCUUUGAAGAAGUGUGUAGCUAAUAGCCCAUAUAUAAUUCAGAAGAAAAAGCCUUCAAUGGAAGACCCCCGGGGGAUGAACGGACAGUCUGUAAGUAAACAGAAUGUCAAUCCGAGGGAAAGAGUUAUUACUUUUAAAAUCAUAAUUACUAUUUUUGUUGUAACCCGAGUGUCUGGAAAUUCCUCAAAAGCUCUGUACCAAUUUUUAAUGAUUUUAGAAGUUAUGAAUUAAGUAGUACACUAUUUAAUCAGCUAACCUAAUU